AUGGUGGAUGGGGAGAGUGAACCACGUCAACUGUUCACUCUUGUGGACAAAGCCGACGCAGACACACUACUGAAUUUUUUAAAUCCUCCUAAUAGACGUCGAUUUCGUAACCUACAAGAUGUACUUAAUUUUGAUGGCGUCAUUAAUGAUCGUAUUGAUUUUAUUGACUGCGUUAGCACAAAAUACAACGUCACCCCAUUAAUGGUUGCAUCAGGAAAAGGUUCAUUUGAAAAAGUAAAAAUUCUUCUUGUUCACGGUGCUAAUCCAAAUAAACAAUGCUUAACAAGAGAUACAGCCCUAAAUUUAGCUGUACAUCGUCAAAAAUAUCAUAUAGUCGAUUUGUUAUUACAGUAUAAUGCUAAUCCAAAUAUACCAAAUCAAUCGGGAAAAACAGCGUUACAUAGAGCUGUUGCAUCUUAUAAUGAUGAAAAUGCGAAUCAUAUACAAACAUUGUUACUUGCUGGCAGUGAUCUUUACAUGGAAGAUAAAAAUCAGCGAAUACCAAUUGAUGAAGCAGCAUUAACAAAUAAACCAGAAAUAAUGAAUUGUUUAUUAAUGUAUGAUAGAAAUUUAAUACAUAAAUGUUAUAAAGCUUGUGUUAUCGCUGCUCGUCUUGGUCAUGAUGAUUGUCUUAAAGUUUUACUGGACUAUGGUUACGAUGUAAAAAUGGUAGAUAGAACACAUACUACUCCAUUGCAUGUAGCUGUACGUUCAUUAAAAAUGUCAACUACUCAAUUAUUAGUGGCUUAUGGAGCAGACAUUAAUGUAGCAAAUAAUCGUGGUGAAACGCCACUGUCUAUUGCCGAAUAUUUAGCACCGGAACAACAACAAAUAUUCGUAAAUAUACUUCAAAAAACCAAUCGUAUAGAACGAAUUGCUCAUCCAGAAUUAUUGCUGUAUACAUCAGGAAAUAGUCAAGUAUCCGCAAUAUCGUACGCAUAUCCACUCUUACAAAGUCACUCAAAUUGGACAUUAGAUAGUGAUGAAUAUCGAAGUCGAACUACACCAGGAUCAUCCGUUCAAAAUCUUUUAGAGCCAUCGAAUGGAACAUAUUGGGCAUGUCCUCAGCCAAAAGAUGCAUGGGUCAUAUUUGAUUUGAAACAUCAAUAUAAUAUCAAUGGUCUUCGCUUAAUAGGAUGUGAUAAUGCAUCAACUCCAAAAGAAGGCAGAAUUGAUGUAUCAAAUGCGUUUAAUGGUCCAUGGUUAAAAGUGAAAGUAUUUCAAUGUCCAAUUGGAAACAGAAAUAUUCAUGAUAUAUUUUUUCAACCGGUAAAAACACGUUUUGUACGAAUAUUUAUUACGGAAAAUUAUGGUGCAGCUGAUAUACGAAUACAAGGAAUUGGUUUAUAUGGUGUUGAUAUGCAAUUAGUUAAUUUAUUAAAAGAAUUUAAAUUAGAAGAGAGUUUAAAUGCUCUAUUAGCAAGUGGUAUUAAUGAUCUAGAAACAUUAGAUGAAAAACGUGAUGAAGUAUUGAAUUCAGCGAAUUUUGUCGGUGUUAAUGAAUAUUUUCAAUUUAAAAAAUUAAUAGAAUCUAUAAAAGCACCAAAGUUAACAUAUCUCGAAUGGUUUAAUCAGCCACAGAGUACGGUUAUGUCUGGUAAAAAAUUACAAACAUUUAGUGCAACUGGCGAUGAAAAUGUAACUGAUCGUGUCAAAUUAGAAGAAAAAAAUGAACUUAGUCCACAUGCUGUUACAAUAUUAUUGAGAGAUUUAGAACCAAUACAAGGAAGAUCAUUAGUUGAUUUUUCUGAUUAUUCAAUUCAACAACCUGGUCGAUAUGAAAUUCGUGUUGUCAGCAUGGAAAGACCUGAAAUUCACACACCAUGGCAUAAAAUCGUCGUGGGUUCUAAAUUAACAGAUAUAAAACCGGUCUACGAGCAUCUUUAUCCUAACAAUAACCAACUUAAUUCGUUGUCAUCAGAAACGCCACAUUUUUUCAGAAAAGAUUAUAAUUCAUUAGAUAGACAACCAGAAGACACCAAUCAAGGUUUGUUUACAGCAAUCUAUGAACCGGUGCUAGAUGAACGCUUAGCAUCUAUAAGAUCAACAUUUUAUCCUGUAAAAAGCAAUAUUUAUUCUUUCUCAAAAAAAAGAACACCAAUAGCAACAGAACAUUUAAUCGCUUAUAAAUAUAUAUCAGAGGAAAGUACAUCAGACAACAAUAACGACGACGACGACGACAACAUGACAGGGAAAAUAACAAGCAAUCAGUACCAUCCAGUAACUCAUACGACGCACGCAAUGACAAGUGAUAAUGAAUUUAGAAGACAUAAAAGAAACGGUACCAACGAAUCUUCUUCCACAAGCAGAAGAGCAGGACAAUCGGAGAAACAAGAAGCUCAACAACGUUAUGAUAGCAAUUAUGAAAAUGAUAGACCAUCUCGAUCAAGAUCCUAUGGAAAACAAGAAAAAAAUGAGAGUUCAGGUUCAAUUAGUAGAACAAAACUCCAGCCAAAGUUAUCACAAGAAUAUAAAAGUCAUCAACAACAACAGCAAAGUUCGAUUAAUACUGGUAGUGAAAGUGAAAAUGAACAGUUUACAGGCAAAAGGAUAAAUAAUUCUAUACAGCCAAUAAAUCGUUCGAAACAUAGAACAAAUUUCAAUCAAUCGUCACCAAGAGAAAAAGAGAAGAACGAGCAUCAUAAUCCAUAUGAUAAUCGUACAUUUGAUCAGAACAUUCAAACAUUAGAUUCACAAGAUGAUGAAAUAACAUAUCAGGGACAAGUAUCGCCGUAUACUAGUAAUUACUUAACACCUACAAAAUAUCGGGUAAAAUCACGUCCAGCACUUAGUUCUCAUACAUAUAACUCUGAUACAGUUACGUAUACAAAUGUUAUCGUUCCAUCUAGUUAUAAUCGUACACCAUCGAUACCUAGAUAUGAACAACCAAAAUCAUCUACAUCUACAACUGGGCAUAAAACAAAACAAAAUACAUCCACCAAAUGUCCUCGUUCAAUUAUUCUAGAAGACUGGGAACACUCAGAUGAAUGGGGCGAGUACACGAUGCCAGCGACAAAUCAGCACGAACGCUAUUUGACACCAACACGAUUUCGUGAAGCAUCAAAAAAUCAAUUAAAACAAAAACAGCGACCUAAGUCUUUGAGUCAAAGCUAUAGUACUGAUAACUCCGAUAGUGCGAAUGACUCUGAUGAUAGUAUAAAUGGAGUGAUAGAUAAAACAAAGCUAAACAAUGGCAAACGUCAAGUUCCGUUAUACUCAGCAUUGGAUGAUAAACAAUAUCACAUUCAAGGUGGAGAUUUAUCAGUGAGACCCGUGAUACCAGAAGAAAAAAAUUUAUAUAAUUAUAUUCCAACUCAUACAGAAUUGACGUUCAAAGCCGUUGUUCAAGGUCCAGGUAAACUUUACGCGCUCCAACGAGCAGAUCAAGUAAUUAAUCGAAUAAAACAAAAGGAUCAGAAUACAUUGCAAAAAUCCACUAGUGGCGACAGUUUACUAUCAAAAAAAAACAAUGAAACACAUAUCAAUCAUUCUCCAAGAUUACACCCAGCUGGCGAAUCACUAAUAGUUAAUGAUAAUAAUCCACAACGAAACCGGGAGGAGCCUAUCGUAACUAUGCCAGAUAAGAAAAAUAAUGAUCAUCUGAUCUAUGAUGAUCAAAAGCCGGUAUCAGCCGGAAAGUCAACUAUAUAUGAAUCUAACAGCCCUAUUAAUGUGCCACAAAACGUGCCACAAACUUUAUAUUCUCCUACUAAUGAGACAAAAGAUCAACGAAAAGCAUCUGUAAUAGCAAACCAACCGUCACACGGUUAUGGACUCUAUGAAAGUAUUGACUCUCCAUCGCCGAUAUUAUCACCAAAAAAUACCACGUCUCAGAAUAGUCAGGUUCAGAUAUCCGACGAAAGAUAUAAUUUUGGCCCUUCACCAUCUAAUCCUAUUUAUUUACAACAUGGAAAACAAAUUAGCCGUGAAACAAUUGAGGAAGAUGAACAAGAAGAAAACGAUGGAAACCAUUCUAUAUAUCAAGUAUUAGGACAGUCACCGGUAAACAAUGGGUCGAAUAGAAUUAAUCGCAAUGGAAGACUACAGCAACGUGAACCACAGUCCCAUCAAGAUGAAGAGAGCCCGUACGCGGACGCAGAUCCUCCACUAACGCUAUUGACAAAUGCUGAAACAAAUACCUCUGAUUCAUUGCAAGGUUAUAAUAUACCGAAAAGUCGGUAUUAUCGGUCUUUCGAAACUACACCAUCUUAUGACGAACGUCGUACUACCUCCACAUCUGUGAAACAGCAUGAUAGAGUUUAUGAAAAUACUUAUGAUCCGAAACUAAAAUCUAAUUAUGUCAACCGCGAGUCAUCAGUAUAUGACAAUGCACAAGAUACACAAUCAAGAACAUCAUUCUCAUCACACGUUCGACCUGGUGCAAUUUCAUCGACGGAUCCUGACAUAGAAACACCACCAUCACAUACUAAUAAGCGAAUAUCUGACUAUGACGAGCAGGCACAGUCUUCUAGUGUUAUUGAAUCCCUUCCUCAGCAAUAUAACACAUCCGAUCAACAACAACAACCGCAACAGUCACAUCAUCCAACACGAUAUGAAUCCAACAGAACAAUAUCAUCACAAUAUUCCAAUAGUGACAAGAGUAAUGUGUCAAAGAUCGAUAACAAGAAAAAAAACAAGAAGAAAUGA